AAGAAGACAAACAUUAAACAUGGCGUCACUCGGCAGCGAAGAGUGGAAAGCAAUCUGCGAUAAAUUCACCAACGCCCAAAACCUCACUGAUAUCGAAUCCCGAAAUGACCCAGAAAACGACCCCUUUCGUUCCAAGUACAAAGCCAGAGACAUCCUCAGGGAGAUACACUGCUCGCUGAAGAGCUUCGAGGCCGGUGAGGGAGAGGAAGACGGCGGGGUGGAAGGCGGCGACCAGCGGCCGACCGAGCAGCCGGUGGACGGCCUGUUAGAGGGUUUGUUCGAGCGGGGCUUCAGCGGGGACUCGCCGGUCGGCCAGAGAACCACUCGACUCGCAGCGGUGGAGUAUUACCUGGGCGUGAACCAUGUUGACACGGAGGAGCUGUCAGCGGGACAAGAACAUCUAAUGAACUGCAUGAAACUACUGGAGAGAUGCAGAGUGGCCACUGAGAGUGUGUCGUUAUUCAUCCAUGUCAGGAACCAGCUAGGCAUACUUUGGGCGGGCCGGGAUGAGACGGAGAUGGCACAGGGAUUCCUGGAAACAGCUGAAUCCAUCUAUUUGCGUUAUAUGAAGGAGGAUGGAAGUCCUCCCACUGAUUUGGUAGAGUAUUUUACUACCAAUGAGAAGAUGGUGACACACCAGGAAAGGAGCAAAAAGUUUGAGCUAGCCUACACCCACACUAUGUAUUACCUCGCUCAGGUUUAUAAAAACCUUGGUCAAACUGAGCGAGCUGCCACGUACUGCCACAGCACCCUGCAAAGACAACUGCAGUUAAAUCAGUUCAGUCCAAUGGAGUGGGCCCUGAACGCCGCAACACUGUCACAGUACUACAUCACAAAGGGGCGCUACAUGGAGGGCAGACAUUGCCUCUCAGCAGCCACCGUCAUAUCAGCUUUGGCAGGAGAAGCUCCUUCAGAGGCUGCAGCGCAGGAAAGUGAGAUAGAGAGCGAGAGACGGGAUCAGCUGCGCCAGAAGAGGGCGGAAAUAGCGAGAUGCUGGAUCAAAUACUGUCUCAACCUCCUUCAGGAUGCCAAGAAAGUGCUUCAGGACAACAUCGGCGAACUGGAUACCGAUCUACAGGAGGACUUGAAGAGGAAGAGGAGGCUUGAGGAGGAGGAGGAAGAGAAAGUCAGGAAGAGCGCUCUUAGGUUCGGCUCUGAGGACACGUUUGACUCAAUUGCCAGUCUGGAGGAGAAGGUGAGCUGCUUGCUCCCGCUGGACUUCACUGAAGCCAGAAAUAUUUUUCUGGUGGGACAGAACUAUGUCACACAGGCUAAGGAGUACUUUCAGAUGGACGGCUACGUGACGGACCACAUCGAGAUCCUGCAGGAUCACAGUGCUCUGUUCAGAGCUCUGGCCUUCUUUGAAGAGGAUGUUGAGCGGCGCUGCAAGAUGCACAAACGGCGUGUUGACAUGCUGGAGACCAUCUGCAUUGAGCUGAAUGCCCAGUACUACCUCAUGGUCCGCAGACAGCUCAUGUUUGAGCUGGCCGAGACCUACAACGAAAUGAUGGACUUGAAACUGACGCUGGCCAACAGACAAGCUGAUACACAGUCUCUCGACAACCACACCAUAAAGAAAUUCAACCACCUGUGCUCUGCUUCUGCCAAGUACUACCAGAUGUUCCUGGAUUCUCUGUGCUCUCCAGAGGGGAAGUUUCCCGAGCACCUAGAGGAAGAGGUGCUCAGACCAACCCUGGUGGCCCGCUUCAGACUGGCCCGACUGCACAGCCGCCUGAUCUGCUCAAUUCCCCUUACACAACUGGACAACCUCAGCAAGUCACUGGAAAACUACAAAUACGUUGUGCAGUACUGCGAAGCCCACCCUGAUGCUGCCGCCACCGUGGAGACGGAGCUGGAGUUGAGUAAGGAGAUGGCCGGCCUGCUUCCUCUCAAAAUCAACCGACUCAAAGCGAGGAUGGCUGCUAACAACUGAAUUCCUGCAUACAGUAUUUGUAUUCCUCCACUUCCAGUUUGUGUCGUGCGUGCAUGCCAUGUGCUGUGAAAUGUAAGGUCAGAUACACAUGAAUACACAUUUCCUUCGAUACAACAUUGCACACAUUCCAGUGAAACCUUAAAUAUAUUCUGAUCUUAUGCUUUGCACGUCAACUUUAACAGACACAUGUAAUGUAUAUAACACUUCAUUUCUCUUGGUGUUUUGUGAUGUAAAUACCCUCUCCAAUCACAGUGACUUCACAGUACUAUGUGAUGAACAUCUCAGUGAGAUGUCUGAUAAGAAAAGGAGUUCAGAUUGUGCUUCACGGAAUCCAUUUCCACCCAUCUCUUUUCUUCCACUUAUCCGGGUCCGGUUUGCGGGGGCAGCAAUCUCAGUAGGGAAGUCCAGACUUUGCGGUCCCCUGCCACUUCUCACGGCUGGGCAUGCCCGGAGCAUCUCACCAGGAGGCGUCCGGGAGGCAUCCGGACUAGAUGCCCGAGCCAACUGGCUCCUCUCGAUGUGAAGGAGCAGCGGCUCUACCCUGAGCCCCUGCCAGAUGACCGAGCUCCUGACCUUAUCUCUUGGGGCAGGAAGAGGAUUCACCCUGUGCAUUGGUUUCAGCACCUUGCCGUGUUUGUUCCAUAGCACAACGGCAUGAACGGAAAGAAGACUUCAGGAAACCAUGACGCAGUCAGAGGGCUGAGCUUAGUCUGGCUGGGUGUUUGAGUGUGUGUGUGUCAAGCACUUGGACUCAGUGUUCAACACAGGAAAGAAGUAUUUUUAUUCUCCUAUUGUUGCGGCCUAAAGCUGAGAAUGACUGCGACCCUCUUCUUCGUCGCCUGCGGCCUCUUCGUCUUACAGAACGUACAAGGAGUGCCCAGAACCGCUGCAUAUAAGUUUGUCAAGUGUCGGCCUGAUGGUGACCGUGCAAACUGUGUGGCUCACCAAAGUCCAGAGAUGGAGUGGACUCCUGAACUGCCAACCAAACUGCCUGCUUCAAGUGCACAGUACCUUGAUUCCCAGCCUGUGGAUGAAGAUGAGGAUACUGUGAGACUGAGGGAGGCAACUGAUGAUGGUUCUGGUUAUGAAGGCUCUGCUGGUCAGUUCCUGAUGGACACGUUUGAUGUGAAUACAGAAAGGGAGAUGGGGUCUGGCGAGCCCUGGACACCCAGAGACACGGAACAAUACAAAGUUGGACGAGAAUACUCAGAGGCCUUCAGGCGGUUCCUCGGUGGGUUUCAGCUGGACCAGGAGAAACCAGCCGAGAAGGAUCUGGAAGAAGACCACCUUCUGCAGUUGUAGAAUUGUCAACAUGUCGUACUUCCACACUGUCACUUCAUACUAAAAAGCUUUUCACCACCUAGUGGCAACACUUGUAUUGGACCUGGUCACAACCGCAGGUGUGCUCUAAAAGAAGUAUACAAUGGAAUAUAGUAUGUUUUUACGUUCAAUUAAUGCAGCCCUCACAUUGCUGAUACUAAAAAAAUGAUGCAUUUUCUCUUGACGCCUUAGCCGCUUUACAUUUACCAGGAAAGAAUUGUGUAAUACUUUUAAGGGAGUUUGGGCUCAGCAAGACGAAACAUGACAAUGUUGCACAACACAACAAAUCCCCUCAGGAAUAGAUGUGAUUGAGUCAUAUUCUAAGUAUGUAUUAUGUCCAUAUCAUCAAGCCAUGUUUUCUUAAACAAAAUCCUAACAAUAAAACGUUUCUAUCACUGGAAAACAACAAUUA